AUGCGGGCCUUGGCCUUGGCCUUGGCUCUCGCCGUGCUGCUGGCCUCUGGCCGCAGGGACCGCGAUCUGCCCGCAGCGUUGUGGACGGACGUCAAAGAUGCGGGUAAAGAGGGAGUCCUCCACGUCAACCACGCCCCCAUGCCCCAGAGCCACGCGCUCCUGGAAGAGGAUGGCCCGUUCCCAGAACUCGAAGCCAACUUUGAGGCUCCGGGCCAGAAGCCCUUCGCUCAGCCUUUGAGGGGCUCGGGGUGCCUGCUGCGCGGCUCACAGGGCCUCACGAAGCUGCAGCACCUGCACCUCUCCCACACCCAAGUCACAGGUGUCCUCGAGCCCCUGGCGGGCCUCGCGCAGCUGAAGCGCCUGUACCUCUCCAGCACCCGAGUCACAGGUCACCUGGAGGUUCUGGCAGGCCUCACGCAGCUGCAGCGCCUGCUCCUCUCCCACACCCAAGUCACAGGUGUCCUGGAGGUUCUGGCGGGCCUCACGCAGCUGCAGUGGCUGUACCUCCCCUGCACCCGAGUCACAGGUGUCCUGGAGCCCCUGGCGGGCCUCACGCAGCUGCAGCGCCUGGACCUCUUCAGCACCCGAGUCACAGGUGUCCUGGAGCCCCUGGCGGGCCUCGCGCAGCUGCAGCGCCUGGACCUCUCCCGCACCCGAGUCACAGGUCACCUGGAGCCCCUGGCGGGCCUCACGCAGCUGCAGCGCCUGUACCUCUCCCGCACCCAAGUCACAGGUCACCUGGAGCCCCUGACAGGCCUCACGCAGCUGCAGCACCUGUACCUCGCCCACACCCAAGUCACAGGUCACCUGGAGCCCCUGGCGGGCCUCACGCAGCUGCGGCGCCUGUACCUCUCCCGCACCCGAGUCACAGGUCACCUGGAGCCCCUGGCGGGCCUCACGCAGCUGCAGCGCCUGUACCUCUACAGCACCCAAGUGACAGGUCACCUCGAGCCCCUGGCGGGCCUCACCCAGCUGCAGUGCUUGGACCUCCACAACACGAGUGUGGAUGGUGAGCUCGAAACCCUCAAGGACUUGUCUGACUUGUCAGAGGUCGACCUGAGCGCCACACGGCUCGAAGGUCAGCUCUCCGAGUCCUGGCGCGGCAAGCUGAGGAAGCUUCAGAUGUUGAACUUGGGCAGCCGCGCCCGCGUCCUCCCAGAGCGAGGGGAGCUACAGGAGCUCUUCAUCGAUUAUUUGUCGAUGCGGCUGUUCCCCGCUCUGGUCACCUUGGAUGCACCUUGGGCAGAUCAGGUCUCAGAUUGUCCACUCGAAAGGCCUGUGCAGGACCUGCUGUGGCCGUUGGCCGCUUCAGGGCACUUGGCCCGAGUCAUCGCCAAGCGUGCCGGCCUAUCGGGGAACCUCCCGGACAUAGACGGCCUCAGGGGUGCGACUGUUGAUUUUCGCCGCCACGCCGUUUAUGCAAAUCCGCCACUUGCGAAAUCGCUGCAGACCCUGGACCUUUCCGGCAACAGGCUCGACUCGGUGGAGUGGUUCGCCCAAACCUACACUUCCAUUUCCGGCAACGGCGGCAACAUGAGCAUCAAUCAGGGAAGCCUCGACAAAACUCUGCGGAGCGGGGGCCAAGUAGACCUUGCGGGCACGGAGGUGACGAACGGAAGAGAGCUGGUGGAGCUGCUAGCCAGUGCAGGUAUGGGAAGAACAUCCGACAUCACCGUCACAAACACCACCGGCGGCUACGGCUGCUACAGCUUGACUCAAGACGCCCUGAGAAUCACGCCAUCUCUCUUUUUCCCAGAGGGCCUCUGCGGCUGCUUGCCAGGUCACCAAGGCCACGGUGCAAGCUGCAGCAAGUGUCCCCCAAACAGCUACAACAAGGACUUCAACAGCUCGAGCUGCACCUCGUGCCCGGAAGGCAGCAGCGCGGACGAAGGCGGGGCUUCCAUCGAGAGCUGCCAGUGCGAAGUGGGCAGGACCGACGCCGGGAACGAGAUGCAUGAAGUGGGUGAGCUUGGGCGCCAGGGUGAGCUCGAUGG